AUAACCUAAUGUAAUAAUAUGUGGCUCGCUCAUUGACUACAUUUGUCGACUCUGAGAUUCUAGGGCUUGGGAGGGUUUUCGCAUUCGCACACUUCUUCUUCAUAUUUUCUUCUUCGAUCCAUCUCUCCAAACAAAAGCUUUCCAUGGCUCCGCCUCCUGGACCGUACUCUGGAACCAGCACUCUCGCCUUGGUUGCUCGUGUUUCUGCUUUCUCUCUCGGGCUUGUUUAUGGAAACCUCAAGCUCAAGUACCUACAGGCAAAGGCUAAAUCUCAUAAGAAAGCUGAAGCAAAGGCGCAUCACUAAAGAUGGGGAUUGAUACAUUGCAUUAUGUUGGACAUGCGAAUAACGCAUAAUAAAAGAACGGCAGAUGUUUCGUCUUUGCUUUAAGAUUUUGUUGAUUGUGAAGAAUUUUCUUCCUAGUUCUGAGGUUUUUCCAAGAAUUGUUAACUCAAUACUUCGAGAUUUGUUUGCCUAGUUUGCCUUUUCUAAUAAUCAAAUAGGCACUUUGGUCUUGUUUUUUCCUCUUUUCACUUAUUCUAUCCCAUUCUUUGGGAUUACUAGC